UUUGCUUUUCUUCCUUCUCCCAAAAUAAUCUUUCACCAUUGUUUUUUGUUUUCCUUCUAAUUUUAAAAUAUAUUUCUAAUAAUUUUCUCGCAGAUUUUCAUCCGUAUCGAGGUUAGGGACUUGGUGUUUCAUUCUUGCCCCACAUCCUGAGUUUGACCUUGAGCAUUAACACUAACUAGUAUGCCAGUUUUUGAACAGUAACCCAUCUAUAUCUGAAGAAUGCAGCACCAUCAUCUUCAGUUAUAUUUCCCUUCUUAAUUCUCCAGGCUUUUAUCAAUGUGUUGGCUUAGCUGCAAAAGGGGAGCUUUGUUGAUCGGAAACUGAAGGAAAGAUUUCUAUGUCUUAUUAAAAUCAUGAGCACUCACGUAGUGUUAUAAGUUGGCCUUCAUACAAAGAGCAAGUAAAUGGUUGACUUUUCUUCUAGAAUAUAACUUGGAAGGGAUUUGGUUAUGGGGCAUAGACACAUAAUUGACACCUCCCAAAUGUUUGAGGGUGAAAAUGAGCAGGGCUGGAAUCAUAUGCAUUCGGACCAACCUUAUGCAAAUCUUGUGAGGGCAAGUACUACAGAACAUGGCUCCUUCUGUCCUGUGGAAAAUAUGUCUGUCGAUGCAGUGCAUGUUUCUCCUCAUUGGAAUCCUGUCCCUAGGUCCAGUGGUUAUGCUACGUCAAGCCACCAUGUUGAAGCUCCGCAAUCUGAUGCUUCAGGCCCAUCCCAUGAUCUUAUUCUGCAUCCAUCAGCCCCCGGAGCAUUUGGUGCAACCCCUGAUAACUAUAUGCGUCAUGCUUUUUCUUCCAAUUAUGAUAGGCAUUCUCUCCAUGGAAUUGAGGGUGGUUUUGUUGAUCUAACAAUGGGUGGUGGUAGAGGGCCUCACAAGCGCAAAAGCCCUGGAGUCCCGUCAUUCUGUGAAAGGGGCAGUUCAAGCAGAUAUGUUGGAGCUGGAAGUUCAUCUGAUCUUCCUCUAUCAUCCGACUUAUGGCAAGAAAAACCUAAUGAAGAUCCUCAGCAAAUGCACUUGGAUCAUGUUGCCAUGCUCCCGAGUUAUAGAGGCAAUAGCCUUUCAAUUAGGGGUGAAGGUUCUAUGAGGAAUGUGAGAAGCCGUCCAGCACUUAAUCUUGAAUCCAACCAAGUUAGGAACCAUUUAUCAAGCAAUCCUUCUUACACUAACUAUUCUACUAGCCAACCAGUUGACCGCUCUAGCUCAGUGGAUCUCGCUGGUCAAAGCUCUAAUGCUUUGUCAAGGGAAUGGGAAUGGGGCCAUUUGAGAAUGUCUCCUAUUCAUGGAAGUAUUCAAGCUUCGGAUCCAGGUGUUUUUAAUCAUGAGACAAACCACUUUCUCGGUGGUAGCAGUGCUAUGAAUUCUUCUGUAGAGGUUGAGGGGCUUCAGCAUGAUUUCAUUUCGGGUAGAAAUCCCAUUCUUCCUCAGAGUUUCCAUGGCAGCUCAACACAAUCUGUAAGGGGUAUUCGCACAAACUAUUCUCAUAGAUCUACCCCAGCUUUUAGGGCUUCUUCCAGCAGUGUGCAAUUAGGACAUGCGGGACCCCCAGAUGAGGGGAUUCAAAUUGUUGCUGGAAGUUAUUCCUCCAGACAUCCUCGACCAUUAUCAGCUAUAACAUGGCGUAAUAAUGACAGGAUUGGAAGGUCGAGGGUAUUUAAUGACAGAUAUCGACCUCCUGCUGAUGAUGCGGCUUUCCAUGAACGAUUCUCAUCUGAGGGUUUUAUGAUUGCGGACCACCCAGCCUUUUCCGGAUCUAGAAAUAUGUUCGACCAACAUAGAUAUAUGAGGCUAGACAUAGACAACAUGUCUUACGAGGAACUACUUGCAUUAGGGGAAAGGAUUGGGAGUGUUAACACAGGUUUGUCCGACGACUCGAUAUCCAAGUGCUUGACGGAAACAAUUUACUGUUCAGAUCAAAUCCAGGAUGAGAGCUCUUGUGUGAUCUGCCUGGAGGAAUACAAGGACUUGGAUGAAGUUGGGGCGUUAAAGACGUGUGGACAUGAUUACCAUGUUCCCUGUAUCAAGAAGUGGUUGUCAAUGAAGAAUACAUGUCCGAUCUGCAAAGGCGCGGCUAUGGCCGAGGAUAAGGAGAAAUAAUGACUUAUAUUAUGGUUUACCAUUCUUGUAUAUAUACAUAUAUAUAUAUAUAUAUAUCAUCAACAUCAUU